AUGGCUCCACCAGCUGUAUCGCCGCUUGUCGUCCCACGCACUGAUCUCCCUUUGGAUUUUCCAGAGGCCGAGACACAGCUAGCUAAGGUGAAUGCCCAGUGCACAAGCCUAAGUCACAAGGCUCUUACCAGCUGGCUGCACCAUGAAGGCAAAAGUCAGCUGGACCUUCUUCAGGCCGCUUGGUGUCUUUGUCUUGGGAGUUAUACCGGUUCUGAAGACGUGUGGUUUAGCAGUCUCAGCCCUAACAGCAGCUAUUACUGCCAUGUCUUACCGUCCAAGCCUGUGCGAAGCCUCUUCGACAGGAGGAAUGUUGAAUCAGUUGAAGAGAUUAACGCGACAUAUUGGGGAGCCAAUUCUGCUGUCUUCAUCGAGGGUGAGAACGAGGAAGCUAGUGAAAACUUUACUAUCUCUGCUUCCAUACCCCAAAGGGCAAAGACUCAUUAUCCUGGUGUCGAGAUACACUACAAGCCUUCGUUAAUCUCACCAGACCUGGCUGGCAUGAUAGCAGCCACAGUCGUGAAAGCUUUUGAGGAGAUAGUCUUCAAUAUUGACUCCACUGUUGGAGACCUUGACAUAUGCAGCGAUGCAGAUAUUGAACGUCUUACCCAAUGGAACCGCCCAAUUAGUGAUGAGCUUCUCUCAUCACGUUCUAUACACCAUGUCAUAUCACACAUGACUGCCACACAACCAGAUUCCAUUGCCGUGUCGGCCUGGGACGGAGAGUUUACAUAUCGCGACCUCAACCGUCUAUCCUCAGGACUGGCAAUAUGGCUUCAGCAGCUGGGCGUUGGUCCAGAGGUAUUUGUCUCCCUUGUGUUUGACAAGUCCAAAUGGGCAGUUGUCGCACAGCUAGGUGUCUUGAAAGCCGGGGGUGCAUAUUUCUUCAUCAAUCCUUCUCAUCCGAUUGACUACACCCGCAAACUUGGCUCAUCUGUCAGCCCCAUAAUAGCUGUGUGCUCACCAAGAUACAGCUCACUUGCUGAAGAGUUAGCUUGUGAGGUUAUCGCCAUUGGAGAUGAGGUUCGGGAGCUCUUAAACUCGAUACCCGUGGAUGAUGAUCCCCAACAACCAUCAGUGGGGGGCAACACAUCAGAUGCGAUGUAUGUCACCUUUACUUCUGGUACGACAGGUUUGCCCAAGGGUAUUGUUACAGAGCACAGCGCCUUCUACGCUAUGGCCAUGGCCAACGGGAAGGCUCUCAAGAUAACCAGCACGACAAGGAUGCUGCAGUUUGCCUCAUAUACAUUUGACGUGAGCAAUCGCGACACGCUUGUCACACUGAUGUUUGGUGGCUGUGUUUGCAUUCCUUCCGAAACAGAUCGUCUCGAUGACCUCGCUGGUUUCCUCAAUCGCCGUUCUGUCAAUACGGCGAGUCUUACGCCUUCAAUGGCAAACACCUUGAACCCUGCUUCAUGCUCGAGCCUUCAGAAGUUGGUACUAGGAGGUGAACCGAUGACCGAUAGUCACAUUUCUAUGUGGGCCAGCCACGUGAGGCUCUUCAAUGCAUACGGUGUAAGUGAGAGCACAGGUAUAGCCGCGCUGUCAGAAAUCAAACCAGGUUCUUCUCCAAGCAGCAUCGGUUAUGGAUGCGGUUCGAAUCUAUGGGUUGUAGCCAUCCACCAGCCCGACAAACUAGCACCUAUUGGUGCACUUGGAGAGUUGGUCCUCGAGGGCCCUUCUGUUUCUCGUGGAUACCUGGGCGAUAAGGAACGCACCGACAAGCACUUUACAUCAAGUCCCGCCUGGAAGCAGAGGCUUCAUGAGCAUUCACGCGACCAGCAAAGGAAUAGCCGCGCGUUUCACACUGGUGAUCUCGUACGGUAUAACCUAGACGGGUCACUUCAACUGAUGGGAAGACGAGAUCACCAAGUCAAGGUCAACGGACAACGCCUCGAGCUGACGGCAGUUGAGCAUCACAUAGCGUCUUGUUCACAAGUAGCCAAGGAAGGGUUCUGCCACACUGCUGUCGUUGCUGUUAAGUCAGGGCAGAGUGAUUCAACCAAGCUUAUCGCCUUUCUGGGACUUGAUACGUCCAGAGAGCCACUCGAUGUUUCCCAACUGGUGACAGGGCAACUGCGGGAUGUGGAAAAGUUGAGAGAAGCUAUCAAGGGUUAUCUACACGGCUGUCUUCCGAAGUACAUGAUUCCGAGCGAGUUCAUCUUUCUCCAGCACAUGCCACUCACCACAUCAGGAAAACUCAACCGCCUUCUUCUACAGAACACAGCCACGCAGGCAUUGGUGGAUGCCAUGAACCAGAAUGACGAACUGGAUGGGUUCCAUCUCACAAAUGGCCAUGUAGCAACAACACUUAAGCAGAGGAUUCUGAUGCAGAUCUGGUCCAAGCUUUUGGGCGUCGAGGAGAAUCGUCUGUCACCCAAAGAUUGCUUCUUUCGACGAGGAGGAGACUCCAUGGCAGCCAUCAAAAUGGCAGCCAGUCUUCGUGAGGAAGGCUUCACCAUAUCCGUGUCGGAUAUCUUCAAGUCCACGGUUCUGUCUGACAUGGCAUCAGUGUUGAUCAACAACGACGAGCAUGUGUUGGCAACAACACCCGACCCCUUUUCACUGCUAGAAACGCCUCAGGAACUACUCCGAGAAAUCAGUGAAGAAGUCAACCUGUCGAUUGAUGAUAUAGAGGAUGUGUACCCUUGUACGCACAUGCAGCAAGGGUUGAUAGCCUUGACGGCUCAGGACUCACAGGCUUAUAUCGCGAGUUAUACCUGGCCGCUUGCAGAUGAUGUUGAUGUGCACAGAUUCCAGGAUGCAUGGAAUACGACAUGGCUGAAUAACCCGAUUCUUCGAUCUAGAGUCGUGCAAACAGCCCAUGGUAUCUUUCAAGUUGUGACAAAGACAGACAUUCCUUGGACAGAUGUCGCUAAUGUCGCUGGUACAUCGACUGAGAUCGAUAUCAAUCACGGCCCGCUGGUCAGGUUUUACAUGUCCAAAGAGUCCUUCCGACUCGACAUCCAUCAUUCUCUAUUCGACGAGUGGUCACUCGGUUUGAUCUUGACGCAAGUCGAGCGCGCAUACUCAGGAGCAAAGCUGGAGAUGCAGCCAUUCAGCCCUUUCGUCCGCCAUCUCCUGCACCAGAAAGAUUCAUCGGAGGAGAAAUUCUGGCGUCAGGAGUUCUCACAAAUUCAAGCGGAACAUUUCCCAAGUACUUCCAAGCUUGGCCAGACAGCUGAAAAGGUCAUUCUGGAGCAUUUCUUGCACCUUGAUGCCGAAGUGUCUACCAAGUAUACCCUCUCUUCAAUUUUGCGACUUGCGUGGGCGAUAGUGCUUUGGCAUCAGACGGGUAGCCACGAUGUUGUCUUUGGUGCUACUGUCAGUGGUCGGAAUGCGAACCUUGACGGGAUUGAUCGACUCAGUGGGCCGACCUUGGCGACGCUGCCUGUGCGUAUCAAAUUAACUACAGACAGACCUAUCCAUGAGAGUCUAGCCCAGGUUCAGAACCAAUUUAUCAACAUGAUGGCUCAUGAACAAACUGGACUAUCUCGCAUCAAGCAAUUUGGACAAGAGGCCGCUGAGGCAUGUAACUUCCAGAAUCUACUUGUUGUGCAGCCUCAUGAGCAAACCACAGAGUCCAUCAUCUUCAAGACCCCAGUCGGGUCUAGUUCUGAAAACAUGAAGGCCUUUGCUAGCUAUCCGUUGGUGCUGACAUGUCGGCCGGAGAAGAGCGGGGUUUCUAUCAAGAUGACAUGUGAUCGCGAUAUCAUGACACCAGACGCGGGAGAUAGUCUUCUUAGACAACUUUCGCAGGUUGCGCAGCAGCUUGUAUCUUCUGAAGACAUGCUUAUUGGGGAUGUUGAUAUGAUGCCUCCCCAAGAUAUGGCCAGCUUGAAAGAAUGGAACACUUCCCUUCCAAAAUCUGUCGAUACAUGCAUACACGAGCGUAUUCAACAGCUAUGUGCCAUUCAACCUGACGCAUUGGCAAUUCACUCGGAGAAUCUUGACCUGUCAUAUGCCCAGCUCGAAGCCUACUCAACCCGAUUUGCACAGCACUUGAUCAGCAGAGGGGUAAAGCAAGGAGACUUUGUACCAAUUCUGUCAGAGAGGUCACCGUGGGCUCCGGUCUUGAUGCUAGCAGUUCUGAAUGUCGGCGCCGCCUUCGUUCUUCUGGAUCUGUCGCAUCCUAUCCAGAGGUUGCGGACCAUGUGCUCUAUUGUCGAAGCCAAAACUCUUGUCUCUUUCAACGAACACGCCAACAUCAGCGACAAGCUCUCGCUGCCUGUUAUUACUUUUGACCCUGAGCUGUUCACAAAGGAAGUCAAUGGCCAGUCUUGUAGGCCAUUGUUGCCAACCUUGACUCAAAACAUGGAUGCCCCCGCGUGUGUGGUUUUCAGCUCAGGAUCUACUGGAGUUCCCAAAGGCAUUGUCCUCUCCCAUAGUGCCAUCGCCACAAGUGCGACUGUCAUGCGUGAGCACGGGAUGCUUGCUCCCGAAAGUCGCGUCUUCCACUUUGCAUCGUUCGCAUUCGACAUUAGCAUUGGAGAAAUCCUGUUCACCCUCUCAGCUGGCGCAUGUAUAUGCGUACCCCAGGAAGGAGAAAGACGAGACAACCCCGCAAAGGCGGCGGGAGAUCUCAAGGUUACUUGGGCUCUUCUGACUCCUUCUGUCAUCAACCUUUUUGAUCCUGCUGAUGUACCCACGUUGAAGAUUUUUGGCUCUUGUGGUGAACCACUCACUACUCAGAUCGUCGACAUCUGGGCGGACAGACUGAGCCUAUUUGCUAUGUAUGCACCAGCAGAAUGUACAGUCAUCUCGCAUAUUGGACGCAUCUUUCCUGAUACCCACUCCUCCAACAUCGGCAGAAGCUUCGGGGCUUCGUCUUGGGUGGUCGAUCCAGCAGACCACAACCGACUGGUACCCAUUGGGACAGUUGGAGAAUUGCUCGUCGAAGGGCCCGUGGUUGCAUCUGGUUACCUCAAUGACCAAAAGAGGACAGACCAGGUUUUCAUCUCGAAGACCUCUUGGCUUGCUAAAUUCCGUUCCAAUUCUGGGAGGAUGUACAAAACAGGUGACCUUGUCAGACAGACAACUGAUGGCAGCUUGCAAUUCCUCGGAAGAAAGGACGAUCAGGUGAAAUUGCACGGCCAAAGACUUGAGGUCGGUGAGGUUGCGCAUUCUAUCACGUCAGUGUGCACAGCUGUUAAAACCGCUGCUGUUGAGUGUAUCAAGAUCGCCGACCAGAAUAAUCGAGUGUCGUUGGUAGCGUUCCUUGCCCCUCAAAACGAAGGCGCCUGGGGACAGCAAGAAGUAUCUGAGAAUGGUUUCGACUUGAUUGCCACACCCAACGAUGAUUUCUACUCAACCAUUGCAAAUCUACAUGUGUCUUUGGCAGAGUUGCUUCCAUCAUACAUGAUACCGUCUUACUUCAUCCCUCUCAGCUAUGUACCCCUCAGCCUGUCUGGCAAAGUCAAUCGACGAUUUCUUCGAGAGCAGUCCACCAUUCAAUUAGCGAUGAAACUACAGCUCUACCAACUGCGAGACAGGAGUCUUCCCUCAGAAGAUGUUCCUAUUACAGAACACGGUCGGGAGAUCCAGAAGAUCGUUGGUCAAGCACUCCAUCUUGACCCAGAAUCUAUCCCUAUCAACGCCAGUUUCUUCGGUCUUGGAGGAGACUCCAUAUCGGCUAUGGUAGUCUCUACACUGGCUCGUCGAAGGGGCAUAAACUUGACGGUGGCCGAUAUCUUUACGCAUCAGACCCUGUCCAAGAUUGCGCUAGUCUGCGCACCAGAUAAUGCAGCUACCAACAAUGUAGCAAGCCUACCGAAUGGUAAUGGGUCGACUGGACCUGGCACUAGUGUUGACGAAACACCACAUGAGAAGAUCCCCAGUCACGUUCCUAGAGAGAUUGCGGACAACAUCUUGGAGGUUACUACAGCCACUGAGUUUCAGGUCAUGACACUCUACAACUUCUACAACCGAUACCUCUGGAUUUCACUCCCAGAUGAUGUCGAUGAAGAGCGACUACAAGCUGCUUGUGAUCAACUCGUCCAGAAGCACUCCAUCCUACGCACAGUCUUCUAUACCAACGAUGACAAAUCGGUCGUACAGCUGACUUUACGCGAAGUGCCAGUAAAUUUGGUUCAUCACUCAAAUAUCGAGAGCUUGGAGGAACAUUGUGCGGAUGAUUCUCUGAUCACCAAAGCGCCCGUCAACGGCGAGCCAGGAUUUCAGAUACAGCUCUUGAAGCUGAGAGAUUCGAGGACCUUCCUGGCCCUAAGAUUGCCUCAUGCCUUGUUUGAUGGGAUGUCACUGAGCACCAUUUGCGAUGACCUGAGUUCGGCAUACAGUGGAAGCGUUAUUCCACCUUGUGCGCAGUUCUCAGAUCAUGUCCAGCAUGUGAAGGAGAAGACGACUCCCGAUACCUACAAGAUCUGGAAGGACGUGCUAGGUGGUACCCCGAUGACAAACAUGAGCGACAAGACCAUCAAUCGGGAGAGGAUGGGUGAAUCUAAGUGUGCAACAUUCGACAAGGACAUGUCAUCAGCGAGAGUGGUGACUGCAAGAGCAGAGACUGAGCCAAUCUCACCUCCCACCAACAGCACAAUGGCGACACUGGUAAAGCUGGCGUGGGCCAUUACACUAUCUCGCUUAUUCCCUUCUACUCAGUCAAAUGAUGCAUCCGGUGAGGGCCUGAGCGAUGUCGUUUUCGGCCAGGUUGUUCACGGUCGAAGUCUUGGAAUCCCUCACGAAGAUCGCAUCAUCGGCCCAUGCCUCAACAUCAUCCCCGUGAGAGUUCAUUUCCCCAAGCCAGCCGACAAGCACCAACUGCUCUCUCAAGUCCAGCAACAGCAUAUCCAAACCAUGCCAGUUGAGAACCUUGGUCUUGGUGAAAUCGCGCGUAACUGCACAUCCUGGGAACCUGGCACCAAAUUCGGCAGUUUCGUGAGAUUCCAGAAUUUCACAAAUAAUGACGAUCCGACCUGUGACUUUGAUGGACGGACCUGUGAGACGGGAUUAUUCAGUCUUCCGAAUAAGCCGUCUAGUACGGCUAAUGUGCUUGUUGUUCCUCGUGGGUCGAGUUUGAGCAUUACGAUGACUAUUUCGAGUCAGGUGUUGGAUGAGGAGUUGGCGGAUUAUGUGGUUGGGUACUUUAGCGAUGUGAUCGAAAGUCUUGCUAAAAAGGAUAUAUGCGAGUAUUUUGUAUAA